GACGCAUCACGGCAACGGCCCAGCCCGCUCAAUGUGGCGUCUACGUAUGAGUGUCUAUGUACACAGCAGGAAGUGUCCGAUCUAUCGGUUGCACUUCUCUGGGGUCAACUCUCUCAGUCAAACUACCCUCAAAAGAGCGGUUCGAGGAAGAGCAGCCAGUAUCGAAGUAUGGACUCAGAGAUUUUGAACAUAGAGGAGAUUGUGAUGGGACGGGGCUUGCCGGAUCCACCUCCUGAAGUCCCCCCCGAAAAGCCGAAGGAGCCGUACAAACCCAUCACUCUGAACGGUCCUCCGACGCCCAGUGUUCAAUCGUACCAGCAUGAAAAUCUGCAGUGUUUCCAGUGCUUCAUCACAUUCUGCAGUGCAAAAGCCAAGGAAAGGCACAUGAAGAAGAGCCACCGGGAGGAGUACAAGCAGCAGCUUCAGCAGGGAAACACACUGUUCACGUGCUACGUUUGCGACCGCACAUUUCUGUCAUCUGAGGAACUGACGCAGCACCAGCCAACACACAGCAAGGAUGACAAGCCCUUCAAAUGUGUUCACUGCAAGGAGAGCUUUAAAACAUUCUCUGAACUCACAUCCCAUAGAAGACAGGUGUGUCCGGAGAAACAGAUGGUAUGUAAAGAUUGCAAUGAAACCUUCCGUAGUGCCGGACUGCUGCGUGCGCAUCGCCUGAUGCAGCAUCCGCGCCCAGAUGUCGAGACGACAGAACAACCAGAGGAUGCUACAAAAACCCAUCGCUGUAAGAAGUGUGGUCAGGGAUUUGAAGUUGAAUCAGAGCUGAUAGCGCACCAGGAGAAAUACCCCGAAGGUCAGCAAUGCAACGGCAGCGCUUCAUCUGUCAAGAAACGCGGACGGCCUGCCAAGGCUGAAGACCCGGCAGGUGCAGAGAAAAAGGGAAAGCGGAAAAAGAAGGAGGAAGCAGACGUUCCUGUGGAGACCGUAAAGCCCAGCAGCACAUCAGACUCGGCAGCAGCCCCAGCAGAAGAAAAAGGGAAACCAGGUGGAACAAAGCGUGGCCGUCCAUCGAAGGCGGCAGCAAAGUCAGAAGCGGAAGAUAAAAAAAGUCCAGAGGAUGACAGUCAGGCUUCAGCAAAGGAGAAGAAACCUAAAGCAGAAACGACUCCACCCCGUCAACACCCCUGCCCCGAGUGCGACCUCAAAUUCCCCGGGUUGAUCCAGCUCCGUGCUCACAAAAAGGAGAAACACGCCCCACGGAAAGCCCACCCCUGUGAAGAAUGUGAAGAGAGCUUUGCCCGUCCAGAGCAGCUGGAUGCCCACAUGUCCCGGGCACACGCCGUGGGCCGCCUUGCCUGUCCAACCUGUGGGAAGAGCUUCGGCCGAGAGCGCACGUUAAAAGCUCACCAGAAAAGCCACCCAGAGGAAAAGCCUGAAAACACAAGUGCAAAAAGAUAAUUGAGACAUGAAGACUUUGCAGAUUUUAUUCAUGAAUUGCCCCACUCCUCUUCUCCCACUCCCUCUCUCUUUUUUUUUUUUUUUCUUUUUUUAAACUUUGGAGAUCUUGUACUGCAGGUGAUGUUGGUUUUUGAGAAUGAAGUUUUAGCAAGUUUUGGAAAUAAUGUUGAUUUUUGAUUAUGAGCUGUUGAAAUUUUGGUCAAACAGACACCUCUCCUAAAUUAAUUAACCAGAUGUAAAAUCCAUCUAUUACACCAUUUGUCAUAAUAUAGUUUGUAAAAACAGAAACUGUUUGGAUUAACUUUUUAAAUGAUUUUUACGUUUGAAAUGCGUGUGAAUUUAUUACUUUGUGUCUUGAGUUGUUUAAGUCACUUUGUUGUAAAAAAAAAAAAAAAAAUAUAUGUUUUUCCUCUUUUUUUUUUUUUUUUUUUCAUCCCCAAUAAAUUUUGGGCAAGUACAUAUGUUGAGGUAAAUUAGAUGCCUGGUAGCAAUAUUGUGUUUGAUUAGACAGUUUUUCAAGAGGAGUUGUCAUGUACAGCUUCGGGUUCAUUUUGUGCAUUUUUACACUUAAUAUUUUGAUUGUUACUUUAUAAAUUAAGUCUCAUUGAGGAAGAAUUUUAAAAUAACACGAUUAAGCUCUGCUGAAAGUUUAUUUUGGCUAAGUGCUCCCAGUUCAAUGUGGAGUGGUUGGCAUGUGGGUAGAAAUGAUCCACUAUAAUCUUGAUUUGUCAUGCUAAAUUGUACUCCCAUAUUUCUUUUCACUCACUAAAGGACCAUUGUGCAGGAUUUAGGGUGGUCUCUUGGCAGAAAUUGAGAACAAUAUUCAUAAUUAUAUAUACUCAACUGGAACUAGUAACCAUGUUGUUAAUAUCUACAUCUUAUAUCUACAGAGGGAGAGGAUCUUCUUCUGAGAAAGGUCCGUGUAGUUUUACAGACAGCAAAACUCUGUAAACCUAAAUACAUUCCUUCUCUGUAAAAUGCAAAGUAGGUGUGUCAUGUAGUUGCCAUUUUUCUAUGAACAAACCAGGCUUUAGCUACAAAGAGGGCCUUUCCUGCCUCCCGGUCACUGGUAGUUGUACAAUGUUUGGAAAAUAAAUUGCUAUUGAGUUUGUUGCAAUCUGCAACCUCACCACUAGAUGCCAAUGAAUCCUACACAGUGCUCCUUUUAAAAUAAUGUUUAAUGUCUUAGACAUUUCUUAAAUGGGACUCAUGACUCUUGAAUGCCCUAGAGUCAGUAAUGAACUGUGUAUAUCUUGUGUCACUCACUGAUUGGAUUGUUCUCUCCCCACUGCAAUGUGUCUGGACAUGAAAUAAAACAUGCUAUCCUAAGGGAGGCUGCUGAAGAAA